AUGCCAGUGAAUAGUCGUCCGCCUUGGUUAAAGGAUCGGCUGGAGACGGUUAACAAGAACGUACCGCCGGCGUGGACCCGCAAGGCCAGUGUAACACCAGCCACAGAUACCAAAGAAUCGUCACCGUCCUCCAAAGUGGCCCCGGCCGCCACCAGCACGUCGUCUCCCACGAAAACGGCCACCGUGGCCCCGAAAGAAAAUGGUGAAACGGGUGCGAAAAAGGCGCCAGCACCGGCAACGACAACGGCCAAGCUGCAAUCGAAAGAAAUCAAGGUGCCGGUAGUGGUGACGCACAAAAAGCCGGUCGCACCACCAUUGAGUAAGCCGGAGCCCAAAACGGCGCUGAAAAAUACAACCCCCGUCAUGACGGUGCUACGGGAACCGGGCAAGCCGAAGCCCGCUCCUACGAAGGCCCGAGAACCGACUCCCGAAUCCGAGGACGAGGAAGAAGAGGAGGAGGAAGAAGAGGUGGAGGAGGAAGAGGAGGAAGAGGAAGGCAGCACAGAGUACGAAACGGAAACCGAGUCCGAGGAGGAGGAGGAGUCAUCCCCACCACCACCGCCGCCCACGACGAAGCCAUCGCCCAAAAAGCCCGAUCCGAGCCAAGCCAAAAAGGUAGAGGAUGCGCAACCGAAGCUGCUCGUGCCGCUGCGCAAAGUGACGCCAUCGAAAAGUCCCGAAAAAACCGACACCGACAGCAAGUCGUCCUCGAAGUCAGCCUCGGAAAAGUCCUCGUCGCCGGAACCGAAAACGUUCGUGAAGCCGCUACUGAAGAAGAUUGCGCGUCCGCAGCAGGAAGCCCCGGUCAAGGAGCGAUCCGUAUCGCCAGAACCAGCCAAAAACUUCCGUGUGCAGCUUCGCAAGGUACCGUCGAACCUUAAGGCACCGCGUGUGAAGGAGAAGCUUCCGGAGGUCCAGUUGAAGAAGGUCGAAAAACCCCUGCUGGAGGACAUCCCGAAGAAGGAAGAAGCAUAUCCGCACAAACCUUCCAUGCUGAAGUCCGAAAGCAGCAAAAGAAUUCCUCCACCACCACCGAUGCCAAAAUCUAAUAUACCGCCCCCACCACCACCGCCGCCGGGAAUGAAACCACCGCCCGACUUUGCGAAAAAGGAUAUUUCCGAUAAGCAGAAGGAGGUGCUGGACAAACUUAAACGACGUCCUCGUCGACGUCCGGAUUGGUCCGACAUGAUGAAGGAGGUGGAACAGGGAAGAAAACUGCGCCACGUUGAGUGUAAUGACAGAUCACACCCGAUUAUCAACUCCAAGUCGAUCACGAAAGUGAAAGAUCAGUUCAUCUUCGAGACGGAAAAGGCGACGGCGCACAAUCAGCUGCUCAAACAGAUCCAGGGCGGUGUCCAGCUGAAGCCAACCAAGUGCAAUGAUCGCAGCAAACCGAUCCUCGGUGGAUUGCGCAAGUUCCGGCGUCAGAUGACGUUGGAGGAGCAGCUGGCCAAGUCGGAGUCACGCGCUAACAUGGAGGCCCCACCGGCCGACGAAGAGGAGGACGAGCUGGACGACAUCGACAAGGUUCGUGACGAUCUGCAAAGUACAAAACAGAUGCUGGCCCACGAGCUUCGCAACAAUGAGGCGCUGGAACGCGAAAACAAGCGACUGCAGGCGCGUGUGCAGAACCUCGAGGCGGAACUGUCCCGCGAGCGCUGGAACCCGCUGAGCGGCGAGGAAAGAUCGACCGUCACCGGACCGCAAUCGGAUCUCAUCCAAUCGCUGAAGGAUGAAGCGCUGGAGGCCCAGAAACAAUCGCACCAGUUGGAGCAAAAAUAUCAAACCGUCGCCAAGGAGCUGGACACGGCCUACAAGCUGACUGAGGAGCAGAAACGAAAGAUUGCCGAGCUCGAGAAGAAACUUCAGUGCUUAACGGACGACGACUACUAUUUGAACGAGCAUCAGGGAAAUGUUACCGAUGUUCGCCGGGCCACCGAAUCCGCACAAAAGGAAAGCUCCCCAGAGUUGCAACCGGAAGAGGAGGAAGAGGAGGAAGAGGAAGAGGAUGAGGAAAAGAAGGCGGAAAAGGCUGCCAAACGACUGAAUCGGGAGGUCAACAUGCUGCAGGCUCGACUGACGCGAUUGAAGGAAAAACAGGAAGAAAAACACGCCGAAAGGCAGGCACUGAAAUACGCCAUGAAAACCAACCAGUAUGCCCUGAAGGCUGAGAAGAAGAAGUAUAAAAAAUUGCAGAAAGAGGUGGAAAAAAUGGCUGCAUUGAUGAAAAUGGAGGACGACGAUGAUGAAGGAACCGCGGAAUCCAAGGAACCACCACCAGAGGAACCGGAAGAAGAACCGGAGGAGGAGGAAGAGGAGGAGGAAAGCGAAUCGGAAGAAUCCGAGUCAGAAAGUGAAAAUGAGAGUGAAAAUGAAGCGGAGGAUGCCGCUGAUGAGAAGAAGAAAACCAAUCUGGAACCUAGGGUCAAGCGGCAUGAAGCUCGCCUGGCUUCAUUGAAAAAGGGCAACUACAUACUACAAGCCAAUGUCGAUCGCAUCAAGGACGAAAUCAGCAAGGUACGAGAGGAGUGUUGUACUUUGCAAACUGAUUUGGACAACGUCAUAGCGGACCUGGGAUGAGCCGGAACACCGGGAUGGCCAUGUUACAAAAAGCCUUUUCCAAUAUGCAGCUAUGCAAUUUUCGACUUUCUAGUACUGAUUGCAGAGUAUGACUUUAUGUAAUGUAUUGUUUCUUAAUGUACAAUGGAGCGCGUGAACGUUCAACCAUUUUAGAAGUCGUUCCGCUCGUUAUUAUACACUAUUAAGUCACUUGCAAAAAUAUUAUCAGCAUGGCAGCAAGCAGCUCAUCUUAUGAAUGGCAAAAUGUGCUUCCACUACACAGCGGAGCACGAGAUAUAAGUAUUUUUGUAUAUCAUGACUUUUGUAU